UGACGUGGCAAAAAUGAAUCUUUCUCAAAUGUGUCAGCAUUUGUCGUUCAAGAUAAACAUAAGAAUUUAAACAGCAGAAAGGCCUCAGCUCUCUACACUUCUUUCUCUUCACCAAACUCUCUCUCUCAAAGUUGGGCAGAUCUCGCCUUUUCAGUAUCUCCAAGAAUUCUGGUAAGCCAUUCUUUUGAGAGAGAGAGAAAGAUGUCGAAAGCAGGAGCAUUGGAUCUGGCAUCUGGGCUUGGUGGAAAAAUUGACAAGAGUGAUGUUCUCUCUGCUGUUGACAAGUAUGAAAAAUAUCAUGUUUGUUAUGGAGGUGAAGAGGAAGAGAGAAAAUCGAACUACACCGAUAUGGUAAAUAAGUACUAUGAUCUUGUCACAAGUUUCUAUGAAUAUGGCUGGGGAGAAUCAUUCCACUUUGCGCCCAGAUGGAAAGGAGAGUCUCUAAAAGAGAGCAUUAAAAGGCAUGAGCACUUCCUUGCCUUGCAGCUUGGCCUGAAACCGGGACAGAAGGUCUUGGACGUAGGAUGUGGAAUUGGUGGACCGUUAAGAGAAAUUGCUAGAUUCAGUUCUACAUCAGUUACAGGCCUCAACAACAAUGAGUAUCAGAUAACAAGAGGAAAGGCCCUAAACCGUGUUGCAGGAGUAGACAAGACUUGUGACUUCGUGAAAGCUGAUUUCAUGAAGAUGCCAUUCCCUGACAAUAGUUUUGAUGCCAUAUAUGCAAUUGAAGCAACCUGCCAUGCUCCAGAUGCUGUUGGGUGCUACAAGGAGAUUUAUAGGGUACUGAAACCUGGUCAGUGUUUUGCUGCGUAUGAGUGGUGCAUGACUGAUGUCUUCGACCCCAAUAACCAAGAGCACAAAAAGAUCAAGGCCGAAAUUGAAUUAGGUAAUGGCCUUCCUGAUAUAAGGCUGACACAUCAAUGCCUUGAAGCUGUUAAAAAAGCAGGUUUUGAAGUUGUGUGGGAGAAGGAUCUUGCAGUGGACUCGCCCCUCCCAUGGUACUUGCCUCUGGAUAAAAGUCACUUCUCGCUCAGCAGUUUCCGUUUGACAGCAAUCGGACGGUUUAUCACCAAAAACAUGGUCAUGGGUCUUGAAAAGGUGGGACUUGCUCCACAGGGAAGUCAACGGGUUCAAGCUUUCUUGGAGAAAGCAGCAGAAGGACUUGUUGCUGGUGGACAGUAA